AAAAAAAAUACAAGAAUAAAUGACAACUACCCUUCCUUUUAUAUCGAAGAACAAAAACUAGUAAAUAAUCAUCAUAUUUGUAGUGUGGAAAUGAAAGCUGUUACUUGGCAAAAAGAUUCUCAUGGAUUGUUUGAUUAUGAGACUAAAUCUUUAAGCGUUAAAAAACAUAGGGUUGAAGGAUCAUGCAAAGUUAGCAGAGAAGGUUUGAAAGUGUUAAUUUAUUAUAGAGAAUGAAAUAGUUAUAUAAGAUGGAAAGGCCAAGGAUGAGGCACACUUACCUCUAACAUCCAUUUAAGCCCAAGGAGGUAUAAUUCUUAUUAACAUUCAGACUAAUAUUUUAUUCAACCGAAUUAAAACUCAACAGAAAACGAAAAUUAUUUAAUUGUUCGUAGUUUAAAAAAUGCUGAUGGUGUUUAAAAGGUAUUUAUAUUUAUUACAGUAUAGGGUUAUACAUUAUAAGAGGGGGAUCUUCUAAAAUUAGGCAGGGUUGAAUACCAUGUGAUCGAAAUCAGAGACAGUAAGGGACAAAUAAGAACAGUGAAGGAUGUUUUCUAGUCAGAAGCUAAAAUUACCCCUUCUUUAGAUGGGAAUGUAACAUAGUAGUGCAAAAUAUGUUUAAAUGAAGAAGAAACCCCAGAAGAUCCAUUUAUUACACCUUGUAAAUGCAAUGGAAGUUGUGCUUAUGUGCAUUUUAAUUGUUUAAAGCAAUGGUUAGAAAGCAGGGGUUAUAAAAAAGAAUCUGGCAAUACAAUUUCCUAUAGAUGGAAGAAGUAUCAAUACUGAUAUCUUGUAGAUUAGAGUGUGAAGUCUGCUAGGAAUUGUUGCCUCAAUAAAUUAGAUUCAAAGGAAAGGUGCUCGACUUAGCAGCCUUGGAAAGACCCAAUCAACCAUACAUAAUUCUUGAAAACACAUAAAUCUCUGAAAAAGAUAAGAAGGCCUAGAGAGGAAUAUACCUUAUCAAAGGAACUCCUGACGAUCAAAUCAAAUUAGGUCGAGGACAUUAAUGCGAAAUUAGAAUCUCAGAUAUCUCAGUAUCACGACUACAUGCCUUUAUCAAAUAUGAGAAGGGAAAUUUUGUUAUAGUUGAUAAUAAUAGUAAAUUCGGAACUUUAGUUCGUCUCUAAACUCCAUAUCUUAUAUGCAUGGAUAAAAUUGCAAUAUAAGUAAUUUACAUAUCAAUUAAAUUUUCAGGUUGGAAGAACAGUUUUGACAUUUGUUAUGAAAUCCUUUUAGAGUAUUAAUCCUAACAUUCAUGCUGCCGGUGUUCAGACUGUGAAUAUGAAUCAUAUUAAUGAUUAAUAAAGAGCUGCCUUAUAAGGUCAGGGCUAAAUUGGAUUUUAUUAAGGGUCAAGCAAAACUUAAACAAAUAAUAAUAACUAGAAAAAGAAUGAAAAACAUUCUGGUUGAAUGAAAAUAUAUAAAUUUAUUCCAAUUUACC